AUGUGGAGAAUGCUAGAUAAUUUUCCACGCUGCCCUGAGCAGUGGGUGGCCUACAGAGGGAGCUGCUACUCCUUUUCCAAGGAGAAGAAAGACUGGAAUGCCAGCCAGGAAUACUGCCGGGCACAGGGAGCUCAUCUCUUGGUGGUCAGCGAUACCAGUGAAAUGGACCUGUUCAAGAGUAUUCAAACAGAAUGUUUCUGGAUUGGACUGAGGAACAGCACAGACUCUGGCUGGAUUUGGGAAGAUGGCUCUAUAUUCAAUGGCACCAAGAUCCCCUAUAACAGCCCCGUGCAACACUGUGCUGUCCUGAUAAAAGGUCACUUUCAGGCCUCCAGCUGUGAAUAUUCUGCUCCAUGGAUCUGUGAGAAAUCUCUUAGAUAA